GCGUGAUGGAAUAAAGCGCGGGCAGGAGGAAGAGAGACAGACCUGCGAUGAGAAGCCUGUCAGAGGGGCAGGGAUGGCAUCCAUUCAACAGAGCCGGGCUGGAGAGGAAGGAGAGGACGGGUCUUUGCACAAGAUGCUGACGGCCAUCGAGGAGGAGCGGAUCCGGGCGAGCCUGAGGCAGGAGAUGAGCGGCCUGGGUUGCUUCAAGGACGAUCGGAUUGUCUUUUGGACAUGGAUGUUUUCGACUUACUUCAUGGAGAAGUGGGCCCCGAGACAGGAUGACAUGUUGUUCUACGUCCGGCGAAAGCUGGCCUUCACUGGUCCCGACAUCGGUGAGGGGAAGCAGGUGUGCUCAGCAGAUGCCUCGUCAAUGGAGGUUGAGGUUGAAGUUUACCGAAGGGAUUCCAAGAAGCUGCCUGGUCUCGGCGACCCUGACAUUGACUGGGAGGAGAGCGUUUACCUCAACCUUGUCUUGCAGAAGCUGGAGUACAUGGUGACGUGCGCGGUCUGCACGCGCUCAGAAGGGGGUGACAUUCACGUCCAUAAAAAGAAAUCCCAGCAAGUUUUUGCGUCUCCAAGCAAGCACCCCAUGGACAGUAAAGGCGAGGAGUCCAAAAUCAGUUACCCCAACAUCUUCUUCAUGAUCGACAGUUUUGAGGAGGUGUUCAGCGACAUGUCUGUCGGCGAAGGAGAAAUGGUCUGUGUGGAGCUGGUGGCCAGUGACAAGAACAACACCUUCCAGGGUGUGAUCUUCCAGGGAUCUAUAAGAUACGAAGCGCUGAAGAAGGUGUAUGACAACCGGGUCAGUGUGGCUGCCAAGAUGGCCCAGAAGAUGUCGUUUGGGUUUUACAAAUACAACAACAUGGAGUUUGUGCGGAUGAAGGGGCCGCAGGGCAAGGGUCAUGCGGAGAUGGCUGUGAGCCGCGUGGCCACCGGGGACACCUCCCCCUAUGGGACGGAGGAGGGAUCUGAGCCAGGCUCUCCCCUGCAUGAUCAGGGGGAUGAGUCUCCUUCCUGCAGUGCCUUCUGGGUGACGUCGUUCAGCACCCCUCCCACGCCGGAACGCAACAACCGCCCGUCGUUCUUCUCCCCCUCGCUCCGCCGGAAGACGCCCAAAAACAGGAUGGCAGAGAUGAAGAAGUCUCAUUCGGCCAACGACAGCGAGGAGUUCUUCAGACAUGGAUCAGACAACGGAGACUCGGAAGGCAUGCACGGCGUGUCCAACCUACGAUCUCGCUCAUUGUCGGGGACUGGGAGGUCCUUGGUUGGGUCCUGGCUAAAGCUGAACCGAACAGACGUAAAUUUUCUACUCUACGCACACCUCACCUACGUCACGCUACCGAUGCAUCGUAUUACAACAGACAUUUUAGAAAUCCGUCAGAAACCAAUCCUGAUGACAUAGCAAAGAGAAGGCCCUGUCUUACAAACCCGCAGCCAUGUGCCUGAUUGCGAACUGGAUUCUUGACGACACCGCCACCUAGUGUUGGGAUGGAAGGGAAGUUUAAUGGGGGAAUACCAGCUCAUUGAAGUGCCUGCUCCACUUGCCCGAGGGGCCCAGUGCGACCAGUCCUAGUUCGGAGCUGGGCCCCGAGGAUCAGUAACGUGAAUGACCAACACAGAAUCCUUCGCCAGCCGUCUCUGACGACUGAACUGCUUUGUACCCAACACCGCCAGGGAAGGAGAACAAAGAAAAAUAACUUUCUGCAAUUUAUAUUAAACGGGACAUUAAAUGAACUCUUAAACGAGCUGCGUUCAAUAGGUAGAGGACAUUUUUCUUCCUAAUCUUUGUCAAAGCACCGUUGGGAUAGUGUGCUUAUAUCGGUAGUGUUGUAAGGUAACACUUGAUUUUUUUAAAAUAUGUGAAUGGGGGAGAGGCGAGGUGACGAAAGGCGCGGAAACACUGUGGCCGCACAGUGUUAUAAUUUUUUUGCAGAGUCUUUGCAUCAACAGGGUUUGUUAGGGAGCAGGGGAAGAGGCCACCUUUUAUUUCACAGCACCAGACACCCGGGUUCGAUCCUGACUACGGGCGCUGUCUGUAUGGAGUUUGCACGUUCUCCCCGUGACCUGCGUGGGUUUGCUCCAGGUGCUCGGGUUUCCUCCCAUACUCCAAAGACGUCCAAGUUGGUAGGUUAAUUGGCUUGGUGAAAUGUAAAUUGUCCCUAGUGUGUGUGUGUGUGUAGGAUAGUGUUAGUGUGCAGGGGUUUGCUGGCCAGCGCGGACUCGGUGGGCUGAAGGGCCUGUUUCCACGCUGUAUCUCUAAACUAAAAUAAACUACAAUGAGGUUUCUUUGCGCUGUGUGAGCUCAGAGGUACUUCUGUAGGUCAUUGCAGUGGCAACCGUUAGAUCUUGAGACAAACUGGCCCCAAACCUCAGUGAAUGUUAGUGAGGAGGAAAGGGAAUCUUGCUCAACUUCAGUUGAAGCCUUUGUACAUUUAUAUCUGGGGAUUUAAAGAUUUUAGCAACUUCUUUCAUGGUGGCCCCAUCUUGGUGAAGCACAACUGGAACAUGGGAGUCGUAGCUAUUUAGCGAAUCAUUCACCACACCCUGAUGAGUCCCAGGCCUCACCUUAGUUUUGGGAAGCCCACCAUUUCCAGCUUCCAGGAAGCAUGGCUGACGGCCAUUUUGAUUCUGCUCUUUCCUCUUCCCUUCAUGAGCCGUCUCUGAUCCUCCUCCCAACUCACUCGAUUCCAUUUAAACAUUGAAAAUAUUCGCAUCGCACUUUUCCGGGGAAGAGAUAGGAGCAGAAUUAUGCCAUUCGGCCCAUUAAGUCAACUCCGCCAUUCAAUCAUGGCUGAUCUAUCUCUCCCCCCUGACCCCAUGCUCCUGCCUUCUCCCCCAUAAUCUCUGACAGAAUAGAACACGGCUCCAAUAUCGUGGUGAUUUGUUUUGAAAAGAAAAAUUAAAAAGUACAAUAACC